AUGAAACAAGUUUCGGCUGCCAGCACAAACCAAUCACCACCUUCGGAAGAAAUGGAAGACAAUCCCAAUCAAUCCGUCAUCAUUCCAAGAACAGCUCGUCGUAAAAGCUCAUCCAAAACUUCUCUCACAACAACCUCUCGAUCAUCUUCCGAAGAAAUAAAGUCCGAAAAGAAAACAUUAUCCAAUAAGAAGAAAAAGACUUCUUCCGCAAUAGCCUCAACCAACAAGACUUCAUCCUCUUCAAAAAAAAAGAGUCUUAAAAAUCUUUCUGAGGAUGAUUAUCAACCAACCUCUAAAAAAACAACCACACCUAAACGAAGGCUCAAUGUCAUUGAUUCAACCUCUUCAUCUUCUCAAAAAAAGAAGAAAAAGAAAAAACAAGAAAAACAUUACGAUAGUGAUUUUGAAAGAAAUGACUAUGACAGUGAUGUUGAAUAUGAAGAAGACAUUGAGUUUUUAAGACCUAAAAUAGCUCAAUUAGGUGAUUUAUUUGCAGAACAUAAGGGUAGAAUUUGUAUCUUUUCAGGUGCAGGUAUUUCAUCAAGUGCUGGUUUGAGUACUUAUAGAGGUAAAGAUGGAAUAUGGUUGAGAGAUGGAAUGCUAUUGAAUACUGGUAAUAAUAGCAAUACUUUAAAAUUGGAAUCACCAACAACAACUAGUAGUAAUAGUACUCACUCUGAAUCUACCAAUAAGAAUCUCAAUUUGAAAUACUUUCCAACUCUCACUCAUAUGGCUAUUAAGAAACUCUAUGAUCUAGGAUAUAUCAAAUAUGUUAUUACUCAAAAUAGUGACAAUUUACAUUUAAAGAGUGGAAUUGAUGAAAAGGAUAUUGUUGAAAUACAUGGCAACAGUUAUAAAGAAUAUUGUGAGAAGUGUAACAAGACAUUUACUAGAGAAGAUAUUAUUGUACAUCCAACAAGCGAAUCCAUUUAUAGAAAUGUAGUGAAAUCAUCCAGUGGAUUGAAUAUUCUAACAUCCAGUAGUGAUCAUGAUAGAUAUGAUGAUCAAAAUAGAAGUAAUAGUAAUAGUACUAAUAUUAGAAAUAGUAAUAGAAAUAGAGGUAAUGACGGCAGUACUAGUAGCGACAAAAAUUCCAUUCCAGAUCAUUCUCAUACAUCGAUUAACAAGUGUGAAUAUUGUCAAUCACCAUUGAAAGAUUUAAUUGUAAACUUUGGUGAGAAAGUUCCACAACAUUUAUGGGAUAAGGCAGUUCACUUUAUUGAAAGUUCAACACUCAUUCUAGCUAUUGGUAGCAAAUUAUCUGUAGAUCCUGUUAAUUCUCUUGUGGUUAUGAAUCCAAAUUCUAAAUUAAUAAUUUGUAAUUUACAAUUAACUCCAUUCAAUGAUGAUGCAUUUAUGGUUAUUCGAUGUAAAUCUGAUGAUUUAUUUAAUCGAUUGGUUGAAAAGAUUGAUCCACCCAAUAGAUUUGAAAUUCCUGAAUAUGUUUAUGAAAUUGAAUUGUGUUUCAAAGAGAAGAAUGACGAAGCAACAACAACAAACAAUGAAUUAUGGGCAAGUGAUGAAGCAACAACAAACAAUGAAUUAUGGACAAGUGAACGAACAAGAUUUCAAGUGAAAUCUACUCAAUUGAAUAUGAUUGAGAAUAUUCAAAUUGUAAUGAAUAGUAAUGCUUUGAUUCAUUCCAAAGAGAUGAUCUCUCCAAGUGAUUCCAUCAAAUUAUUCAAUGGAAAUCAAUUUACAUAUGAUUAUAACAACAAGAACUCUCUCAUUGAUAAGAUUAUGAUUGAAGUGAACCACACCAUGUUCCCAACCAAAUUUAGAAAAUUAUUGAAAUCGAAUCAUUGUAUUACUAUUCAUAGAGUCAACAACAAUAAUACUACCUCCGCUGCAACUACUAAUACUACAACUAAUACUACAACUAAUACUACUACGACUACUACAAACAGCUCCACUCCUUCUUCUUCUCAACCAAUAAUAUUAUUCACCAAUUUUAAUGAUUUAUUUCAAAAGACCAUUCGACUCAAAUAUUACACCAAUCAAAACAAGUGGAGUUUUGAGGUGAAUGAUGCUCAAUAA